CUAAGGUCAUUUUGUAUCGCUCCACUGACAUCAGAUGCACAGAUAUCCGUUUGCCUUGUCCUAUGACCCAGCAAGAGCAACAUGAGUUCAGGGAGAGCUUGGAGAGUGCCCUGUCCUGGAUGCAGGCCGUCCAGGAGAGACUCAGAGACAAUGACAAUACCUCAGGCCCCAGAGACGCACUGGAGGCCAGACUGAGAGAAACAGAGAAAAUCCAUGAGUCGGAGCAUGAGGGCUGGAUGAAGGUAGAUGUGGCUCUAGCGGCUGCAGAGGUUCUGCUACAAAACGGAGAUGAGGAGAUGAAGAACCAGACUCACUCCAAGCUGAAAAACCUCAAAGCAUUAUGGGAAGAAACUUCCACUUACAUUAUCCACUGCCACAGCCGUAUUGAAUGGGUCUGGUUGCACUGGAGUGAAUACCUCAAGGCCCAUGAGGAGUUUAUACUGUGGCUGGAUAAGAUGCAGCGGCUGCUGGAGCCUGAACCUGAGCAGCAACUGGGCGUCAGAGAGAAGAUGUGGCAGGUGGACCACCAUCGUGUCCUUUUCAGCGACGUUCAGGCCCAGGCUCCGCUACUUGAGAGGCUGCUGGACGAAGCUGCUGCUUUACACAACCGCACUGAGGACCCUAGCGUAGAUCAGCAGGCACAGGAACGCAUGCAGGAGGCCUACAACAACAUCCGUGCGAAAGCAGAGGAGAGGCUGUUAUUACUUGAGAAAAUUGCAGAGGAGCACCAGCAGUUUCAGAGUUGUGUUCAUAAGUUCCAGACAUGGCUCCUGUCAAAAACAGAGGAAGUCAACCAGCUCAGUGAAGCAGACAACACUGUUGAGAAUAAACUCAAAACCUGGCAGGAGUUAGAUGCCAGUAUAGCCAACGAGGAGAAGACUCUCCAGUACAUUGAGGGUCUUGCAGAGGCUGUGAAGACCAACACCUCCCCUGCUGGAGCUGAGCAAAUUACUCAAGAGGUAGAGGAUCUACGACUGGCAUGGGAGAGGCUUAGGCUUACGCUAGAGGAGGUCCAAAAGGAGCUCCAGACCUCACUGGACUCUCAGAACCAGUACUCUGCACACUGUCAGAAGCUCUCAGAGGACAUAGCUCAGCUCCGAGCCCUCGUACAGGGACAGAGCCGCGAACUGGAAAGCAAAGACGGAGAGAGGACAGAGGAGCAUACCGUGGCUCUCUGGAGAAAGUACACAGGUGUACGUAACACAUUGUUGGCAGAGGAACCUAGAGUUGAGCAGCUGAAGGCUCAACUUAAGGAGCUUUUUCGAUUUUCCCAUGAUUCCAAAAAUCUGUCUGACGAUGUGUUGGCAGCAAUUAAAGAAUACCAAAGUGUUAAAAGCAAGUCAUUCAGGCUGUCAUCAGAGAGUGAAAUGGACCUCAAGCAGUUUCUGCAAGACCCUCUGCAUGGCUUCAGCCAGUGGAGCCAGCUGGUGUCCCGCGUCCUGGAGGGUUCUGCAAAUGUUUCCGAGUUCACCCACAUUGCUGAGCUUGUGCAGAAUAUCGAGAAGCUGCUGAGACACAGCCUUCAGCUUCAGGAGCGGUUUAGUCAGCUGCAAGUGAAGAGUGACCUGCUGACAUCUGUCUUCGGGCAGGAGAAGGCAGAGUCUCUGCUGGAGGAGCUCAAUGCUGAUGUCAGGAAGAGAGAGUUAUUGCACAGCCAGCUCUUACAGAGGAAAAGCCGUCUACAGGGACUGAUAUCAAGAACAAAGGACUUUGGCGAUGCCUAUGACGCGGUUCACAAAAAACUGACCCACAUCAAAGAGAGAUUCCUCUCAGUUGAUGGACUUCAGCCAGACAUUUUGGCAAAGAAAAGUCAAGCUGACCAACUGAAGGUCAUUAAGAGGGACUUGGAGGACUGUGAAGCGCAUAUCACAGCUCUUGAGACUCUGGUGUCAUCCAGCUCAGCAAACAGGACGAAGUUGGAGUGCGUCUAUGCCGACUGGAAACAGCUUUAUAAAGCUGUCAGGACAAAGGUGAAUGAGUGUGAGGAUGGCAUCGAAAAGCAUCAGAAUUUCCACGAGAACUUGUUGAAUGUGGAGAAAUGGCUGAUGAUAAUGAGACAGAAGCUGGACUCGUUCCGAGGGACGAGCGGAGAGUGGAGCGUAGAGGACCGGCAGCAUGAGGCUGAGAGGGCGCUAGGGGAGUUUCCAGCAAAAGAGUUGCAGUUACAUCAAACUGAGGCUGAGGGGCAGAUCGUACUUGCUAGGACAUCAGAGGAGGGAAGAGUGCACAUUGUGCGUGACCUGAGGCGGCUCAGAGAGUCUUGGAUGGCCCUUCAUGAACUCAGUCUCAACAUCUUCAGACUGCUGAAUGACCGUGGAUCCUCUGGGAGUUUAGAUUUAUCAGCGUGUAGGUCAGAGGAUCCGCUCGUGCCAGGUCAAGGGGUCGCGCAAUUGGAAGGAGGCAGUUCUUUCAGAGGGAAGGGAUCAGACAGCCGAGACAGGACACGGGAUCAUGAAUCGGAUCUUGGCAGCCAGCAAGGCUGCCCCUGGUCUUACGAGGGUCCUGAAGAGGAGCAGAGAGAACCGUCCGUCAGGCGAGAGGUUAGGGGUCAAACGCAGGGGUCAGGGCCUGAUGGACAGUUCCACCUCGGAGAUGAAGCACAGGGCCGCUCAGAGCUGAGAACAGUCACAGGAAUGGCUCUGGAUGAAGACAAAAUGGAAAUCGACAAAGAGACCAACCAAAGACGAGGACCUUCAGCGCGGUGGAAAGCGCAGAGAGGUGGCGACAGCCAAACUGAGGUGGAUGCCGCACCACUGCGCAACAUUGCUUUUGGGAUGAGGGGUGAACGUAAAGAAGGAGGAGGCUCGUACGGAGCGCGUUUUGUCGGGGGGACUGAGUCCAGCGGCAGUGGUAGGACAGAGGAGUGGGUUCAGGGCCAGAUGUCCAUACGCGGCAUAGAUACUGAGGCCCUGCAGGGCGGAUAUGGUCUGAUGAGCGAUUUAAACUAUGCAACACAUGAACAGAGAAAAACCGAACGUUCUCAUGAGACCAUGUUAAAAGGGAAUGUAAAGACAGGGACAGAAACUCUAAGAUCUCCAUCUUCUCAACACACAUCUGCAGGGACAUCCACUGCCCAAGGCCUAAUAGAUAUCAGUCAGAUUGAAUCCCCUGUGCGUCAGCGUCAUGCUGACUACGAGACACGGAGAAGGGAAUUUGAGGCAUGGCUACGUAAAGAAGAAAACAAACUCUCAGGAAUUCUCCGCAACCUAAAAGCCCUGAGCUCUAAAGAGCUGAAGAUGAGACAGAAUACACUUAAGGGCUUGCGAUCCAAUGUGGCCUGCGGACAGACUCAGUUCCAGCUCCUGCUGGAGUCUUGGGAUGGGGAUACGGGCUUGGAAGAUGUGGGGCUGGAGGAGCUACGCUAUCGCUGGAUGCUCUACAAAUCUAAACUGAAGGACAUUGGAGACCUCAAAGCUCAGCUAAGAAUAAAGGAGACCAGUGUUCAAAAGGAAGGACAUAUACAGACAAGAAAGCAAAAGGGAGGUGGGUUCCUGUAUAGAGUGUGUCGCGUGGCCUUGCCGCUCCAGCUCUUGCUGCUAGCCCUGCUGCUGCUGGCCUUCCUCCUGCCCAUGAUGGACGAGGGGACCAGCUGCUCGCUCACCAACAACUUCGCCCGUUCCUUCAACAUCAUGCUGCGCUACGACGGCCCUCCACCCACUUAAGAUGGUAGCAUUGCCACCUCCACACUCUCCUACGCACAGACUCCAAAAAGAAAAAUCUCUUUCCUCUCAAAAACCUGUCUGUGGCC